CCCCCUCCCCGUUGCCGUGGAUAGACCGAACAUUCCUCAUAUUCCUGGGGCUCGGUAGUAGAGGAACGCGGCGCGGAAACGAAACGAGCCGAAGACACGACGGAUUCACUCAGCUCAUGACUCUUUCGAAGGGCACGUCGAUGUUGGGUCGCGGUGUGAAACGGAAGUGGAGCUGCCUGGAGGAGCUGGAGGCCGAGAGCCUCCCUGCCGCUGCAGAAAAGGAGAAGAACGGGGACGAAGACCCGGAAGAUGAGAGCGGGUUCCUCGUGGCUCCGUCCAAAUCUGACAUGAGCCACCUGCAGCAGCGUCAGCUGGUGCUCGGCCUCUGCUUGGAGAAGCUCCAGCACUACCAGGCUGGGGUGGAGCUCAGCCUGCGCCGCUCCGUGUUGCUCAUCAACACGCUUAAGCAGAUCCAGGAGGACAUGCAGAGCGACGGGGCAGGACCAGAGGUGCUCCUCAACGGCGUCCACGCCGACUCCUGCCUUCUCAGAGACGACAUCAGGGAGGACAUGGCGGUUACAUGCCCUGGCUGUGCGGAGGGCGAUGGCGACAGCCUCUCCCUGUCUCCGCCGCUGUCCCCAGAAUUCCCCUCUCAGGAGGCAAACAGCUCACCCGAUCAGCAGAAAUCACUUCCCGCUGCGACGAUCAAUGCUUUCAGCGAUGCAGUAAACGCCAUGGGCUACCUCAGCGACCUCGCCCUGGACGACAUCUUUGAGGACAUUGACACAUCAAUGUACGAGACUUCAGAUCUGCCUUCCGCCUGGGCAUCGGGCUCACUGUGGCCCGUCAGUUUGACGCUUUGGGGGGACGAGGACGUUAAAACGCGCUCGUCCAGCCACGCCUCAGCUGGGAGUCUCCAGUCGUGUCUGAUGGACCUGAACGAGCUGGACCACAUCAUGGAGAUUCUGGUAAAGUCCUGAUCGACAAGACGAACUCCUGAACAUUUACUGCACUUCGAGAAUCCAGAAUUCUGAGGCUGAUCACAGCUGCUCCAGUUGAAAGCGGAGACGGGGAACAAGGACUGAUCUGAGAGACGAAGGACUUAAAUGUGACCUUGGAUUUUUAAGGCUCCAUCUGAUAUUUUGGUUGAAAUUAAGAUUAUGUGCACAAGCUUUUGCCUCAAAUUGGACAUGAAAUAUUUAUUAAAGGGAGGGGGGUCUAAAAUGUCUCGUGACAUUAGGAAACAUCCAGCCAUCCAACACUUUCAUACUGUAUAUAUUAUAUAUAUAUAUAUUUAUAUAUAUAUAUUAUAUAUAUUUAUACAUUUGUGUAUAAGAUGGGUAACAUGCAGAAAUUUCUACAAGUGCCAGUAGAAUUGAAUGGUAGAAAGUAUUACUGUUGACAAUCAACAAGGAGACCAAUUUCUGCGUACGCCUUAGCACAGCUAAGCUAACAGCUCUGCACUUUCAGGACAGUUCAUAUAUUGAGUAAUGAGUGAAUAAUCUGCAGUAAAAGUACAUGAGGCACGUCUAGAUGUACACUGUUGGUACACCAAAAGUGCAGUGCAACACUUGUAAAGGAAGUGUUGUAACGGACAGAGUUAAGCAGCGCAAACUGAUGCCAUGUAACAGUAUGAGUGUCUGAAGUGGACUUUCCUUAAUUCUGUACAAAUGUGAACACAGAUGGAACCUUAAAUUUCCAGUUUCGUGGUGUUUAUGCCACUUUUCUCUCCUGUUUUAAAGCAGCAGCACCUCUCUGAGUUAACCCACUGCUCAGGACGAAGAAACGUGAGCUGCCAUGGUUGUCGCUCAGGCUGUUAAAUCAGACCCGGGUUGAUUAUUAAUUGAAAUCCCUUCAAUUACUCAAGAGAGUGUGUUGCAGCCGGCCAGGAGGGCAAAGGCCUGGGAUUCCUUUCAGUACUGGGACUGAAUGGCUUUUAUUGGCCCAUGUAAGAUCUUUAAAUUAGAAAGUGACUUCAGCCAAGAGUCUUGAUGGCUGUGGUCAUGCAGUCAAAGAGUGGACAGUGUUUUGGCCUGUGAAAAGAAGGAUGUGGCUACUGAAUUUGGGGAUUCACCAGCCAAAGAAGUAAGUUUCCAUCCCCGGGAGAUGAAUGCUUCACGUCACAUCAGAAGAACCAUCGAAAUGGGUGGCAUCUUGUCGCUCCGGUAUAGAAACGGUAAAACGUCUAAUGUUAUUCUUAUUUAUGAAUGAAAAAUCAACCACAACUGCAGCAGAUAUUAUUUGUUCUUUGUACGUAGAGUCUUUUGUUUGGGUGUGAGUGUAACUUAUAAUUCAUAUUCUUUAUGACCUUGUCCUGUCAGCGUACUGGCCGCCAUCAGGUCUGCUGCUUUUGCCCCAUUUGUGACACCAAAUGGAGCGAGAUCAGAGCCUCGUAUAAGAAACACAUUUUUCCUUACACCACAAGGUUGACGUGAACAGUUUCUCUGCCUCGGCAGCUCGUAUUUACGGUAAAUGCAACACGUCGUGAACGCAGCAUGAAGCAUGUGUUUAAAUAGUAAUGUAGUGGUUCUGACUGAGGAGCUGAUCGCCUCGAGUCAACAAUCAGGACGACUCUGCCAUGUCUCAGAAUUGUAAAUGACAAACAGAAUUCUAUGUAUUUUUAUGGCCAUGAUGGUAUGAAUUUUUAUGGCAAUGUUGGGAGUUUUUUUAAAAGCAUUUUUAUAUGUAUUUCUACCUUAAACUGUCCCGUGGAAGAGAUGCAGCAAGUGAAGGACUAAAUUGAAGCAGAUGUUGGACCUUCACAGUAUGUGGUUUACACCUGUUCUACCUCCUGAUGUUUCUGUUUGUUGUCGGUCUACCUGGACACUCCUGCUUCACACUGCGAGCCACGGACUAUCCGUCAUGCUAAAUAAUCGCUGAUUAUUUUAUCCUUUUAACUCAGCUGAAAAUCCAAUGCUUUUCCUGUCAGACCAAAGCAAUCCGUCCUCGCCUCCAUCUCUCCUCUCACGUCGACAGCGUGCCUUACUACUGAACCUAAUUUUUUUACUCGCGGUGAGGUUUUUGUGGCUGAGAACGGUGGCGAGGCGUUAUGUAAAGCCCGAACCGCCAUCAUUUCUUCCUUCUUCUUGGCCUUUUUCAGCGCUCAGUGAACACUAGUGGCAUAUGAGCUUAAUGUAUCCUGACAGGCUGACAGUGAACUAGCUGAGGGAGGAGGUGGCAGUGAAAAAUAAGAGGAGGAGGAGGAGGAGGAGGAGGGGUGGCAGAGGAAGCAGUUUGCGUCACUCGCUCAGUGGGAGGGACUGAGAGCUUGUUUUGCCCUCACUCAGACAACCGACCAAUCACACGAGCCGUACAAGGAGCACGCAGCAGCUCCAACAACAACAACUUGUUUUUGCUCCUAAUGGCUCUGCACAGAAACCCAGUGUGAAUAUGUUGGCCUUCAGCCUGUGAAAUAAAUCCACUUUUAUGUUAUUGUUUUGUUUCAUUUGCAUAAUCUGUCUGACAGGACUGAAUACGAGAAGCAGAAAACUACAGUGUUAUUUAUAAUUGUAUGGAAGUAGGGUCUGUGAAGCACAAGCUCUAUGUCAUUGAUGCUGAUUGUGAUAUAAAUGUAACUGAAGGAUGAGGUUGCCAGGUAAUAAGAUUAUAAUUAAUAACGUAUUGUAUUUUUUGUGGAAUAUUUUAUAGAUUUUAUUCAAUAAUACAGUAAAAAUACCCUAACCGUC